AUGCGUCUUGCCUUCCAAACCCUCUGCACUCUAACCAGCAUUGCUUUUAAACCGUCCUCGCAACGUUUCAUUCCCUUCCGCAAGAUGUCCACAGCAGCAACCGCCGCCUCUCCGGUGCUGAAGCAGCCUGUCAAGCUGGCCUGCAUCCAACUUGCAUCCGGCGCCGAUAAGUCCGUCAACCUCGCCAAUGCACGGUCUAAGGUUCUUGAGGCCGCGUCGCAGGGCGCAAAAAUCGUCGUGCUGCCCGAGUGCUUCAACUCGCCCUACGGUUGUGACUACUUCCCCAAGUACGCCGAGACGCUACUCCCUUCGCAUCCCACCAAAGAACAGUCUCCAAGCUUCCACGCCCUGUCAGCCAUGGCCUCUGAGAGCGGUGCGUACCUCAUCGGCGGCUCUAUCCCGGAGUUGGACGAGAAUACGGGCAAGUUUUACAACACGAGCCUUAUCUUCUCGCCCAAGGGAGAGCUACUGGGGUCCCACCGCAAGGUGCACCUCUUUGAUAUCGAUAUCCCGGGUAAGAUCACGUUCAAGGAGUCCGAGGUGCUGAGCCCUGGCGACAGCGUGACUGUUGUAGACCUACCCGAGUACGGGCGCAUCUCGGUGGCCAUCUGCUACGACAUCCGCUUCCCCGAAUUGGCCAUGAUUGCGGCGCGAAAGGGGUGCUUCGCGCUGGUGUACCCCGGCGCGUUUAACCUUACCACAGGGCCGAUGCACUGGCGCCUGCUAGGUCAGGGCAGGGCGGUGGACAACCAGAUUUAUGUCGCCAUGUGCAGCCCCGCGAGGGACUUGAACGCAACGUACCACGCCUGGGGCCACAGCUUGAUCAUUGACCCAAUGGCGAAUGUUCUGGUUGAGGCGGAGGAGAAGGAGACUACGGUUACGUGGGAGCUUGACAACAUCAAGAUCGAGGAGGCGAGGAGGAAUAUUCCUAUCAACACACAGAGGCGGUUUGACGUCUAUCCCGAUGUUAGCAAGGCUAAGGUCGAUGGGAAGCCGUGA